AUGACACCAACCCCAGCCACUACAACUGUUGACAGCACUGUUACCAUGACACCAACCCCAGCCACUACAACUGUUGACAGCACUGUUACCAUGACACCAACCCCAGCCACUACAACUGUUGACAGCACUGUUACCAUGACACCAACCCCAGCCACUACAACUGUUGACAGCACUGUUACCAUGACACCAACCCCAGUCACUACAAAUGUUGACAGCAUUGUUACCAUGACACCAACCCCAGUCAUCGCUGUGUUUCCGGAUAUGACGUCAUCUGUCAAUCAAACACACAACACGCAUGACAUUUUCUGCACCUCGCUCUCAAGAGCCAAUCUUUCACAAGCGGAACUGACCGACAUUCUUCAACGAAUCGUCAACAAGUUAAGAUUGGACACGAAGAAGCUAUCUGCGACGAUACGGAAAAAAACGAGUGCACCCGACCAUCGCCGAUCAUCGACAUCAAUCGGUUACAUGGCCGGUAUAUUCAUGAGUUUGCCAUUCCUGCUGCUGGUGAUAGCCGAUGUACCGGCGAUUGUCCGUGACAUCAGAAACAUAUUUCAGUAG